AUGGCGCCUCGAUCCACUAUAUCAAAGCUCGUACUUGUCUGUCUGGCUUCAUCCGUCGUGCCAUGCGCCUCUGCUCUCACAGUCGCAAUAUCAGCUGCACAAGCACUCGGCAUCCUUGAAGGUCGACAAACUUCUACAUGUGCGAAUUCAUCCUUCACCAGGUGUGCCGACACCAAACUACCCUCAGACUUUUGCUGCUCCGCGGACUCAACAUGCAUAUCCCUGGACUCUUCGUCGAGUGCACUUUGCUGUCCGAAUGGCGCAGACUGCAGUAAGAUACAGCCUAUAAGCUGCGAGUUGAGCUUUCAAGAUGUGUCCGGCCGGCCCGACGCAGCUAUCAAGACGACGAGAUUGGAUGAGAGACUUGCCACUUGCGGGAGCAAUACUUGCUGUCCUUUCGGCUACACUUGUGAUAGUAACUCCCAAUGUGUGAUCGAUAAAGCCACAAGUUCGACGGGAAGCGCCUCCAAAUCACCAUCAGCCUCAGCGACAUCAACGAGUUCGACUACAUCAGCAACUCCCCCCGCGGGUAUCGACUCGACCAAACCUGCAGUCGCAGAGGGCAUACCACUAUGUCCUCGAUUUCCCGGGGCCGCGGUAGCUGUCGGGUUCUUCCCCGGCAUGCUUGCUGGUGCUUUGAUGGCCGUCAUAGCUGUUAUAUGCCUUGGCCGCCGCCGUUCUCAAGACGAUCGCCCUUAUUCGAAAGGUUCCAGCUGGUCCUCAAUCAAAUACUCGAACUCGCACAACCACGGACGCACAGGAACUGGAACCAUCACCGGCAUAUCUGAACCUAUGCCCAUGACCCAAGGAGUGAGAACCGACUUUCUCCGACGGCAACCAAACGGGAUGAUCAGAAAUGGCGCCUCCAGAGCAAAAAGCUGGCUCAGCACCAAAUCAUCCCCUACAUUUGGCGACAGCAACGAGAAAGUAUCACCGCUCAAUCCAAUAAGUCACUGGAAGAUGCCCACUCCGCCAGUACCCAACAACAUACCUCUGACAACCCUGGGAAAAACAGUCCCCGUCACUCCCCCAUCACAGAUUCGACCUUCAGCCGCUUCGCUCGCUCGAGAACCAAGUACAGAAAGCAUCAAAAUCUACAGCCCACCGAGCAUGGUGCGUCCACCAUCGAACAGUGGAUUUAGUCCUUCCUCCCAUCACCAACCACAGCACGGAUUCAAGAGCAGCAUCAUGGAGAAGCUCAGCCCAUUCAAGGGGACUGAGCUUAAAGCCAAGAAUGGCUCCCCCUUCUCGCCUUCCAUGAAUGUCAAUAGCAACAUCGCACCUCGAGGCGGUGCGCUCGACCCUACGCCGUCAUCGUACGGAGCAACCACCAUGCCGCAAACACCGGCUCCUCAACGGCCAACACAAGCAGACAACGACACCAUCCUCCCAUCAAUGCAAUACCAAACUCCCCAGACCAACAACAACCCCUACCCCAACACACCAGCCAGACGUCCACCUCCUGCGUCAAACCAAUCCCGGCACCUAACCCACAUGACGACCUUCACCGACGUCCUCCGCGACGCGGGUCUCGAGUCGCGAGAGGAGCACCCACCACCCGCCAUGCCGGCCAUGCCCAAGGGUUUGGAUUGGAAAAGCGGCGUCAAGAAGGCGAAGAAACCGAGGUGGGAGAAUAUCGCCAAUAACAGCGCGCACAAGAAGGGUGGGAAUGUGGAGUAUAUUUGA